CAGCAGGACUCUCUAAUGGGUAUGGCGGUUACAGCAACGGCUACCAUGACCACGGGAUUACACCUUAAUGCUGCUCUCAAUCAUAAUCAGACUUCUUUUCUGGGAGCUCCCUUGAGGCUUUCAAUCCCCAAUCCUCGCCCAUCUUUGCCCUCUCUCUUCCUCAAUGUUGAAGCCAAAGCUCGCACCAGAACUGAAGAUCGUCAAGCCCGCCAUUCUCGAAUUAGGAAGAAGGUUGAAGGAACACCAGAAAGACCAAGACUCAGCGUCUUCCGCUCCAACAAGCAUCUGUAUGUCCAAGUCAUUGAUGACUCAAAGAUGCACACACUUGCUUCCGCUUCAACAAUGCAGAAACCGAUUUCUGAGGAGUCCAACUACUCAUCUGGUCCAACCAUUGAAGUGGCGAAGAAGGUAGGAGAAUUCAUUGCGAAAUCUUGUCUUGAAAAAGGCAUCACGAAGGUGGCCUUUGACAGAGGCGGAUAUCCGUAUCACGGACGCAUACAAGCCCUUGCCGAUUCAGCCAGGGAGCACGGCCUUCAAUUUUAAACCUUGAGCAGUUAGUCUUCUUGUGAACUUUCUUUUUAUUGUUUUCUUUCUUAUCCUUCAACUAAACUGCAUUAAGAAUGCUCUAUCUUAUCAUUGUUAGAAAUGUAAUUUGAUCACUAUUAUGCUUCUCUC